AUGUCAGGAGGAAAGUCUGGAGCUGGCGGAAAAGCCGGUGCAACUAAGAAUGCGCAAACGAGGUCAUCUAAAGCUGGUCUAGCCUUUCCAGUGGGACGUGUUCAUCGCCUCUUGAGGAAAGGUAACUACGCGCAACGAGUCGGAGCUGGUGCUCCCGUCUACUUAGCAGCAGUUCUAGAAUAUCUCGCUGCCGAAAUUCUUGAAUUGGCUGGUAAUGCCGCCCGCGACAACAAGAAGACAAGAAUAAUACCACGUCAUCUUCAGCUCGCUAUUAGGAACGAUGAAGAACUGAACAAGCUACUUGGACACGUAACAAUUGCUCAAGGAGGUGUCUUACCUAAUAUUCACCAAAAUCUUCUCCCCAAGAAGACCAAGCCAAAUAAGCAAGCAAGUCAAGAAUAUUAA